AUGGAUGAGCACGGCAUCCUCAUCGGAGUGUCCAUCCUGACAUCCCUGCCCAGGGCCUGGCUGGUGCAGGUGACAUCUCUGCUGGAAAAUGACCCCAAGGGGCAGGGCCGGGUGGCUGCCUUCAGCUCUGCUGCUGCUCCAGCUCCCAGGCUGUUUGUCUCUGAGCAGCCCCAGCAGAGUGACAGGCGUCACACGGGGAUGGAGUGUGGGACCCGGGGAAGGAAACAGGGCCUGCCUUGUGCUUCUGCCGCAGCCCCUGCUACAGCCACCGGCCCUCGAGAGGUCCACAGGCUCCCCAGGCUCUUCCACGACCCUGCCAAUGCCCACCUGGAGCACCGCAUCUGGCCCCCGCUGGGCAGCGUCCAUUUCCUGCUGGGCCGCGCCCACUUCCUGCUGCUGGUCUUCCUGAAGGUGCCCCUGCUCCUGGGCAUGCUCGGUGCGGCCCUCUGGUUUGUGAGUCAGCAGGGAGAGGAACCCGGAGGUGGGACCGUGUGGCUGCCCUCAGCUCUGCUUCUCAUUCUCCCAGGCUGUUUGUCCCUCCGAGGCCCAGUGUCCGUUUGGGGCCGGGAGUGGGAGUCGGUGAACGUGCAGUGUCACUACGACUCUGGAUGGGAGACCCAUAAGAAGUGGUGGUGCCGGGGAGCGCAGUGGGCCUCAUGCCGGAUCCUCGUGCAAACCCAGGGAUCAGAGCGAGAGGACAGCGGAGCCCGCGUGUCCAUCACGGACGAUCAGAGAAACCACUCGUUCACAGUGACCAUGCAGGAACUCAGGCAGGACGACGCAGACACUUACUGGUGUGGGAUUGAGAACCCUGGAGCCAAUCUGGGGACGCAAAUUAAAGUGACUGUUGCUCCAAGGGAAGCUGCUCUGACCGUAGUAGGAAGCCAGGUCUCCAGGAGGACGACCACCAGCCGUCUAGCCGCGUCCUCCCGCCCCCACAGCAGGACCCACUACAUGCUCCUGGUGUUCCUGAAGGUGCCCUUCUUGCUUGGCUUGGUUGGUGCCAUGCUCUGGUUGGAGGAACGUCAGAGGGACCCUGCGGCGCAGUGGGAAGAGCCCAUCUACGCGAACUUGUCCUCUCAGCUUCUGACCAAGGACGCCCCCGUUUAG